CCCCCUCUCUCUUCCCUCUCUCCCGCUCACCGCGCUGCAACGAUGUCGGGCACCGCCCGCCAAUUCUGCGAGCUCGCCACCCAGCUCGUGACCGAGUCCCGCCGCUCGACGGCGACCGACACGCUGCUCAAGUACAACGACGUCCUCGUGCGGCAGAUCGUGCGCGAGCAGCGGCAGCUCGAGGCCCUCAUCCAGGGCGCGAUGGAGCGCCUCGUGCCCGAAGACGGCGAUGGCGACGGUGACGACGACGGUGGGCUCGAGCUGCAGGUCACGCCAGACGUCAUCCUCUACCAGACCGCGAUCCUCCGCAACAAGCGCUGCCUGCUCGCGUACCACCAGCACCGCCUCGAGCGGCUCAAGGACCUCUACUGGUCCGUUGGCGGCGCGCUCCCGCUGCUGCUCGCCGCGCCGACUGCGGACGCCGCCGGUGCACCUGGCGCACCCGCGGGGGGCGACGUCCGCGCGAGGCUGUCGCCGCACGAGGUCGACUUCCUGCGCGCGUACAACGACGCGCUCCUCGAGUUCCGCGCGGGCGUGCUCGAGACAGAGGAGCUCGACCUGUUCGCGCCGAUCGCGCGCCCGCCGCGGGACCUGCAUGUGCUCGUGCGCGUCGUGCGGGACUGCGGGGUCAUCCAGACGGAGGUGGGGGCGAUCGACUUCCGGCGCGGGCAGCGGUUCCUCGUCAGGCGCGCGGAUGUCGAGCAUCUCAUCGUGCAGGGAUACCUGGAGGAGGUCUGAGACAUAUGUGGCAUUUAUCAUUCGUGUACGUCUUUCCCCUCUUU